UAAUACAGGUCAUUUGAGUUGGAUUACUACUAAGAAGAUUCACUAUACCUCUUCAGAUGUUUCGUUUAACGAAUUCAUAUUAACUUCGAGUUUGAAUGUGGAGUAGUAUCACAGAAGAGAUCGCAGCAUGCAUGUGACUGUCCAGUAUAUGAAACCGACGAUUCGGUUAAUUGACGCGCCGCACUGGAGCUGGUAUAUAUUUCACUAGCAUGCAAAGAGUUCUAGCAACUUGUCGUCUAUAUGCAGGUGUUGUUGUUUUCGUGCCCAUGAACGAGGCAUUGAACUCACUUUUGAGGGGUAAUAACCCUAGCUUAUAGGAGGGUGUAAGGAUUGGGAGGGGUGCAUUGCCAUGGAUAUAGGCGUGGACAUUAAUCAAAAUCACGAUAAGUUCUUGAAUAAAGCUGUAGCCCACCAAAACGCAUCUACACCAAACACAUCUCCUUGUAGUACGAGCACCGAGUCACCCACCGAUCCCAAGAAGAUACAGCUGCUCGACAACGACUUCCACGACGACUCUGACUUCGGUGACCACGUCGAUGACGACCAUGAUGGUUACGAUGUCGAUAAUGAUGACGACGAUGAUGAAGGAUCUUCCAGUGUCAGCAGUGAAGAGGGAUCUGUGAAGAGGCGAAUUGCACGGUGGGAGCGACGACUCUCUCAGGGAGAGGAUUUAGACGUCACAGGACCUGUCAACCAAGGCCAAGCAUCGCAUGAGUUAGGGCAGCGAGACCUGCCAGCUCCUGUAGUAAUUCCGCCGACGUUUCUUCACGACCACGGGUCCGUAUCGCUUCGUGAGAAUUCGCAGGCGGAAAACGAGCUCUCCUUUGUAAGGGCCAAUGUGAUUCGAAUGAAAGCCGACUUCCAGAUGACUGAACUCAAAUUAAGCAACGCCAAGUGGCAAUACGACGUCAACAAAGGGACAAAACCACCAGUGAGGUCACAGAAGAGGAACCCUGCUCUGAACUGGUCCAGCGAUAACGUCUCUCUACCAGACAUACCAGAAAACAUGGCGGCGAGGAGGCGUGGAGAGGGCUCCCCGAGCACCGCACACCAGAUGAGUCUAGCGUCGUUUGGCAAUGACGGAAGAAGGCGAGAUACAUCAGGACAACAUCGGGUUGUAAACCAGAGGAUACUGUCAUCUCCUGGAGGCCAGAACCCUCGUGUCAUGAUGAGCCAGUCAACACCGUCAUUGGGUUCAAAUGGAAGUCAAAGACACGUUUUAAGUUCCACCAAGUCUAAUCAGCAAGCAAUCACGUCGCCAAGCCUUCCAGCAAACAACUAUGGUUUAGAAACAAUGGAACUGAAACUCAAGAAUAUGAACAAGCAAGUGGAAAAGGAACGAUCUCCAACCCAACGUACCCUGGUGGCCCCUUUAAAAUCCUUUGCAGGUACUCUGCAGAAUUCACAGAGAAUACGUGGCAGCGGUGGGAUGGAAUCGCAUGGUUAUCAGAUGGACCACCAGCGCAGGUCUGAGAGGUCCGGAACCACAAACAUACCAACAUCUCAUCUUAUUCCCAGCCCCAGAACAAUGAUACAGAGGGGCAUCGAUGAGAGAACAAAUCAAGGCACACCACAUGGUUCUCAAAGGGACCAUCACCAAAGGUUCGAAAGGCCUGGAACCUCAAACUUACAAACAUCUCAUUCUAUUCCCAGCCCUAGAACAAUAAUACAGAGGGGCAUCACUGAGAGAACAAAUCAAGGCACACCCCAUGGUUCUCAAAGGGACCCUCAGCAAAGGUUCGAAAGGCCUGGAACCUCAAACUUACAAACAUCUCAUUCUAUUCCCAGCCCUAGAACAAUAAUACAGAGCGGCAUCGCUGAGAGAGCAAACCAAGGCACACCCCAUGGUUCUCAAAGGGACCAUCAUCAAAGGUUCGAAAGGCCUGGAACCUCAAACAUACCAACAUCUCAUUCUAUUCCCAGUCCCAGAACAACAAUACAGAGGGGCAUCGAUGAGAGAACAAAUGAAGGCACACCCCAUGGUUCUCAAAGGGACCAUCACCAGGGGUUCGAAAGGUCGGGAAGCACAAACAUACAAACAUCUCGUUCUAUUCCCAGCCCCGGAACAAUAAUACAGAGAGGCAUUGCUGAGAAAACAAAUCAAGGCACACCCCAUGGUUCUCAAAGGGACCAUCACCAAAGGUUCGAAAGGCCUGGAACCUCAAACAUACAAACAUCUCAUAGUGUUCCCAAAACUAGGACGAUCUUGCAGGAUGACUUCGUGGCGAGAACACAUCAAGACCCAUACCAUGGUUAUCAAAGGGAUCAUCAGCAGAGGUUGGAGAGACCUGGAACACAUCAUAGUGUUCCCAGCACCAGGACAAUCGUGCAGAAUGACAUUGCCGUGAGAGCAAACCAAGGCACAUCCUAUGGUUAUCAAAGGGAUUCCCAGCAUAAGUUCCAGACGUCUGAAACUUCAAACGUACAAACGUCUCAUUCUGUUCCCAAUGCAAGUACAACCCUACAGGAUGUGAUUGAUGCACGAACAAACCAAGAUUUAGCUGAUUUGAAAACUGAGCGUGAGAGAUUACUCAAUGAACUCGGUAAUAUCCUCCUUGAUGACGUAGCACAACAAGAUGCAAUGGAGGAGGAGAUGUCUUCAGGAGGUAUUUCUGAUGGCUCUGGUUAUGACUUUGAAGAUUCUUGGGACAUGGAAACGUCUGAGUCCCCUGUAGACACUAACGAUGUUGGAACACAAUUUCCUUAUCCUGAUGAGGGAGGGUCGUCUCGGGACACAUUUGAAGCAAUUGAAUCUAUGCAAGAUGAGAGUCAAUGCUUAAUUGAAGGAAGCGAUGAAAUCUUUCAAUCUUCAGAUUGUACGUUUGACGUGUGCAUACAGGUUUCUGUUAGGACAACCACUAAAACUACACCUGAUAUAUUCCCUGAUGCCUUUCACACCCGAGACAGUUUUGAGAAUCAGAAUGAAUUAGUAGUUGAUCACAUAGAUACAACAGGUGAUAUACAGCUUGAUAAUUUGGAACUGGAAGAAGACGCCCCUUCCAUGACUCCACUACCUAAAACAGGGAACACAAUGAAUGAAGAGCAUCCCGGUGAAGAAGCAGUAGAGGAUUUAGUACUGGCUCUAAAUCAUCCAAAUGACAACGCACAGGUCAAUGCUGUUGGUGUGGAUCGUGGAAUUGAGUUAGAAAAGCUCUCACAGGAGAUGGAUGGUUGCAACGAACCUGUUGAGGAACAACCAAAGCUAGCACCAGGAUUCCUUUCUCAUGUGGGCGAGACACCAGUGAACAGCCAGAGCGGUACAAAGAAGGUAGUUGUUGAGGAGUUUAUCCCUCUUCGAAAAUGUUCAAAGGAUACUGUGCAGUUCAGCGCAGUUGGUGCGCAUCAUGAUGAUUUAAUGGAAGAGCUUGCACAAGAGAUAGAGAAUGACCGCACCAACGUCAGCCCGGAGCAAAGAGAACAAACACCAGAAACGUUUUCUCAGUUAGAUGAACCAUCAGUGAACGGCCAGAGCAGUACAAAGAAGGCAGUUGUUGAGGAGUUUGUACCUUAUUUAGAAUGUUCAAAAGAUACCGUGCAGUUCAGUGCAGUUGGUGCGCAUCAUGAUGAUUUAAUGGAAGAGCUUGCGAAAGAGAUGGAGAAUGACCGCACCGACGUCAGCUCAGAGCAAAGACAGCAAACACCAGAAACGUUUUCUCAGUUAGAUGAACCAUCAGUGAACGGCCAGAGCGGUACAAAAAAGGUAGUUGUUGAGGAGUAUAUCCCUCUUCGAAAAUUUACAAAGGAUACUGUGCAGUUGAGUGCAGUUGGUGUGCAUCAUGAUGAUUUAAUGGAAGAGCUUGCACAAGAGAUGGAGAUUGAAAACACCAACGUCAACCCGGAGCAAGGAGAACGAACAUCAGAAACCGUUCCUCAUGUGGACGAGACAUCAGUGAACAGCCAGAGAGUCACAAUCAAAAGAGUUGUUGACGAAUUAGUACCACGCGUAAAUGUAUCACAUGAUAACUCGCAGUUAUGUGCCAUUUUUGCAGAUCAUGAUGAUGUGUUUUCUGCCAUUGCUGCACAUCACGACGAUGUGUUGAAAAAGCCGACAAACGAGAUGGACACUUGCAAUAUUCCUGAAAGGACGGAUGGAAGUGAACCUUUUGUGGACGGUGACCUCAACAUAUCGGCUGUUGAUAUUAAAUCUGAUCAUGGGGAGCCACAAGAACAAUUAGCAAACACAUCUUCUCGUCUCGAUCAAAGACCCAUGACAAACCAGACAGACAUAAAGAAAACGGCUGAGGAGGAAUUCGUACCACGUCUAAAUUCUUCAUCUUCGGAUCUUCGGGUCAGCGCCGAUAAUGGACAUAGUGACGAUGGUUUAGAGAGGCCGACGCAGGAGAUGAAGAAGUGUAACAACACAGCCAAUGGUGACCCGGAAGAACUUCAUUCAACCGAUGAUUUGCCAGCUGAGAGUCACCCAUCGUCUGAAUUACAUAUAUCAGAAAAUGUGUAUGACCAAGCAGACCCAAUGAAAGAAACGCGUCUCGAUGAAAGAUCUUCGCAAAGACUGCAAGACACAAGCAAAGAAGUUGUUGAAGAAUUCGUACAAAGUCUUAAGCUUCCACUUGAUGAGGCGGAGCUUAGUACUAAUGAUGCACAUCACAAUAAUGCACUGGAAAAGCUCGCAGAAGAGGUAUACAAAAGCAGCAACCCGGUUGUUUCUGCAGAACAAGAAAUGAAAUUGACGGCAUCCGAUAGAUCCGAUCUCUAUGAUGAUAAGACGCCGGUUCAAGAUAAUUUUUGUGAGUUUCGUGCAGGGGACAACAAACAGCCGUUAAACUUGUCAAAGCUUUCGUCACCCGUCGAAGAAGAUAAUGCAUCUUUAGUCAAAACCAAAAUAUCAGUAGGUUCUCCUUCUGUUGAAACAGCUCAGAUUUCAUCUAGCAAAGACCAGUUUAAUGGCUCCGAUCAAAUCUCACAUUGUAGGGUAGAAAAUGAAGCUGAAUCGAGAGAAAAUGAUGGAAUGGUUUCGGUAGAUUCAGAGGACCCCGUUACACCAAAUGCCUUAGCAACUAUUCCAAAUCCUCCACUAGAAUUUGAUUUCCCUUCAUUACCCACGCCUGUCGAAGACAGCAAUGAGUCGACCAAAGAAAAAGACCUCUUGCCGCAAGGAGCCUCUAAUGUACCUGCUGCUCCAAGAGAUAAUGACGACAAGCCUGAUACUGACCAGAAGAACUCUGAACAAUUGAGUAUACCCCUCGAUGUUUCUGCGGCUUUUGAAAACGAGUUGGCAUUCGAUGACCUUUCCAAAGACGGGACACGUUUUAAAGACAAUGAUGACGCAGCUAACCAGAGAAGUCCCAAAGAUAUCAAUGUGAAAGACAGUGGGGUAAGGGGACCUUUGAGUCCGAGGAGAUCGAAAAUUCCAGUACCGAAAUCAAAACUUAGUAGGAGCAAAAGCUGUCCAACUCGCAACCGCUCAAACAAGAAAGUCUACAAGCAAAACUCACAAACUCCAAAAGAUCAAGAAGGAGCUUUAAACAAGAGACCAAUCAGUGAUAAGACGCUCCCUGUUAACGUCAAGACAACAUCGCCAACUUUGGUUAACUCUUUCCCGUUUCGUAGUGAUGGAAACCGUAGGUCCUUUAAAGGAGAUAAACAACAAAAUAGCCGCAUACCAGUACCAACGUCAAACUUUAAAAGAACUGGGAGUUGUCCAAGUCGCCCAAGGCCCAGGAUUGUAGAAUUAAAUUCCAUGUCUUUAUCAAACAAGUCGAAACGAGUUCCAAAUCUCACACCGCCUACACCUGCUACUAGAGACAACACCAGUAAAACACGUUCAAGAGACAUUGAUAUCACUGAAGCACUUGCCAUUUGCGAACAAGAGGCUCUCCAAGGUGAUGAAAAAUCGACUCGAGAAAUCGAAUCAAGCAUACCUGAUGUCGAUAAUUCAUCAAUUCUCCUUGGUGAAAAACCCAAUGAUCUUGCAGCGGAUGAUGUGCAAUCAUUGAACGCACUGCCAUCAGAAACUGAAAAGUUCAUACAAAGAGCAAAGCAAAUUUUGUCGAGAUUACCAAUUUCACAAACAAAUGUCCCAAAGACCCGGAGUGUGCCAUUUGGUAUGAAACCAACGGCCAGAGAGGAGAGCCAUGGGUCUAAAGAUGUUAAGGGUCCACCAGAAGAAGUGCCUUACGCAGACUAUCCUGCUGUUUCGUCACCAGAAAUGGAUAUUGAAUUUCUAGCAUUGGAGGCAGAUGCAGAAGAUGAUACAGCUAGUGACACGUUUACUCUUCACUCAGAUAAUGACUUGGAUAUACAAAGCCCCUUAUAUGACGAGGUCCUCAGAAUAGAAUCGUCUGAAAACGGGGAAGAUGUGUUUGAGUCGGAUGACCAAAAAUCUUUGAAAUCUGGGAUACCAGUUCUGAAAGAAUGCCGUAAGCCAAUCCACAGCGAUGAUACAGUGGAGGAAAGAAGUGAACCUGAAGAUGAAGUCGUUAGUGAUCUUUCUGGCAAAGAACGUUCCGUCGCCAGGAUUUCUCCUAUGCCAAGGGAAGAUGGAGGUGAGUUGACACCAAUGCCGAGAUUUAGAAAAUCUCUCAAGUCAAGGAUCCCCCUCCCAUCCCCAGUUGCAAUUAAACCGCCACCAAGAACAAAUAGAAAUCGAUCGUAUUCUGAAACUGACGGAGGAAAUGCGAUUAAUACUGAUGAGGAGCCUGACAAAGUGAGUCGGGAGGAACCUGAUGAUACCGAUGGUGAAAAUAUAAGAGAUCGGUACUCUGAACUUGAGGAGGAACGUAUUCUAAGAAAGACGCAGUCAUCUCGGGAGGUCAGGCCCCGUGGUAGCUAUUGGGCCUUUUCCACAUCGCCAAGUCUUGCGACCUCGGAUUUUGAACGUUCGCAGACGCUGAGGCCGAAUCGUUCAAGGAGCACCGGUAGAAAAUCACCAGCUGGUACUCCAAGAACGACACCAAGAGGCACACCAAGGUCUACACCAAGGGGCACACCUCGGGAUACGCCAAGGGGCACACCGCGAGAUACGCCAAGAGGUGGAAGCCUCAGGAGGCAGUAUCCUCAUUCCAAAACACCACCAACCUUCAAAUCUCGAGAGUGUGCCAUCGUGCCACUUCCUGAAUGGAAUCGCUUGAGAGAAGUUCUUUCUUCAGGGGAACAGUCCAGGCAGAGCACCCGCCCACCCAGCCCCUCGGAGUUCAGCUACACCAGCAGAAGGUCAUCUAACGAAUUUCAAACGGUGCACUCUCCGAAAUGGGAAAUCCCCGUUACAACUCCGAAGCCGAGUCGUUGGAGAGCAGAUGGUCGUGUCCCAUCACAUUUAAAGAAGAAAUACUCCUCCAUGAAUGACAUGGGCCAUUCCGAAGACUUCUACCCAUCAGACCAAAACCUGGCUAAACCCGGAAUAGCCAAACCGGAAACGGACUCUCCCUGGACGAUUCAAUCGCCAAUCCGUGCAUCAUCUUCAUCGCAAUCUGUACCCCAUACUGAUAGAUAUGGCGUUGCAAACAAAAGCGCGAAUCCCCUUGAAGAAAGAUCAUUCACAGACGCUAGUACAAGCAGAAGACGCCCUUCUUGUGUAUCUGAAACUACUACCGACUUUCCAAUGUCUUCUACAGGAGACGUCUCUGCGAUUUGGACAGAGGAUGACACCAUGGCGAGCUCUAACUUCAGUAUACCGGCAGGAGCUAAGAAGAAAUCAUGGAAGAAGCGUCUCUCGAUCAGGAGAAAGAAGUCCGUUGACCCCUCGAAGGAACAGGGCAAGGAGCCUGAAGAGGUCAGGAGAAAGAAGUCUGAAGACCCCUCGAAGGAAUCGGACCAGGAGCCUGAAGAGGUCAAACGGGAGAAGAAGAAGAGGAAGAAUUGGUUACUGAGGUUUCUUGGAAUCAAGAAAUAGUUUAUCUUCACUGCGGAUUAACCACACAACCAAGCCUUCCAUAUUUAUCGGGAGAUGCCCCUAACAAGUUUGAGGUUCCACCAGGCGAAUUGUGCCCCCACACCGAUCUCUUGCUGAGUAUUCACCAUGUUUUGUUGGUAUAAUUAUGCCCCUGAAGGGAGCUUACCUUGUGCGCUAGCUAUAGAAAAAAAGUAAACCCAGGAGGGAACAUAUUACUCUCAUGUUCAUUUUAUAGUAUUUAUUUUCUGGCAUUGAAGUUUCUCCUCGAACAGUUGACUACUAACAUUGUGUUGAUUUCAGAAGAGGAGUCGCUAGAAGGGCGGGAGGGAUGGGAUUUUGCACCCCGUCUCUCUUAGUUUAAACAAAAUUGUCGACAAAUCAAUUUGUUCGAAUUAUGCCGGCAAAUAGAAGAAAAAAUAAGACAUUUUCCACUGUGAGUGACUUUUUAUUUUUGAAAAGCCAUUGUUUACGGAGGGGGGGGGGUCGACACCCCUAUUCAAAAUGAGUAUAGCAACGCCCGUUUGCGUCACCGAAUCUGCAUAAGCAGACACACUUGGGUGGACGAGAACCUACUGUACAAAAUCGGUCUUCCGAAUCGCAACACUAUCGUCUUCGUGAUACUCGUUUCUGUUUGUACAGUGUUUUAUUAUUAUUAUUGCUUAGUUUGUAUUUCAUGAAGGAAAAGCAUGCAGCUUUGAUUUGUUUGUAUGUUGUAGCUUGAAUGCAUUGUAUUAAUGUAUUCACCUCUAACGUCAGAUGUUUAUCCAUGUAAGAACGUGUUUUGUUUGCUGUUCCUCAUAUUUGUUUACCUCAAGCGCGCUAUGUGGACUUUGGAUAUCCACUCAGCGCUGUGAUAAUCAGCCUUUGUGUGUUUGCAGGUACUUAUAUAUUUCUAUAUCCAGAUCAUUUCUUGUAAAACUUGAAGUUUGCUGUGAUUGAUGCUAUAAGUAUUAACAGCUUGUUUGAUUAUGUACAGGUUUCUUAUACUAGAUUCAAUUUAUCGUUUGAUGUUUAAUCCACUGUGUUUUUGUAAUAUGUUAACAAAAUUGUUGAUACACCAUUCUAACCCUCUUCAUUCUCCUCUGUAACUAUUUCCCCCAAUACUCUCUCUCUCACGUUUUGUCUCGAUGACAGUGUGCCUCACGUCUCAUGAUCUUUCUCCUCUCCUCUCCUCUGUCCCCGCUCUCUCUGUUUUUGUUCUCUCUCUCUCUCUCUCUCUCUCUCUCUAAUUUCUCUCUUACACACCUAUUCUUCCACCCCUUUUCUCUAGCUCUUAUCCCUCUUCAAUCUUUGCUAUAUUUGUUCAUACAUCUAUAAACCCUCCUCACCGCCUCCCCAAUGUAUUUUCAUUUUAGAAUAUGACUUUAAGGUUGAGGCAUUUAUAUAUCCUUUUUUAAAGACACUGUGACGUAACAAAGUACAAGUAUAGAUGCACAAGCAUAUACUACAUGUACAACUCGAGGGAAUUCCGAAUUUCGUCAAUAUACCUAAAUGUGUAGGCUAUAUGUAUUUUAAGUGUAUUUAUCUUCUCCAAAGGAUUAUAAAAUACUCAAAUUUCGUGUUUUUUUUUGUCGAUCAAUUGCUGAACUAAAGAGUUAUUUUACAAUAUUAGUCUAUUCGUUGUAGCUGAAAAUGCAUAUACAUUUUGAGUAACUGGUAGAUCGACGCACGAGACGGUCAGUGGCUUUGAGAAUACAAUGUGUACUAAUAUUCGGACAACCACCGCCUUAUAUUUAGGCAGCGCGGUGCAUUGGUCUCUUGUCAUUUUUAUAUCUUAUCUCGUAUGUUUGAUGUCGAAAUUACAUUAAAAGAUUAUAAAUUAAUAAAUGAAGUGCCAAUUUUUAAAACAGGAAAAUUGAUAUUCGUUCAAAAGACACCAACCCUUUACGAUGUCGAUAUUGUACCCGUAUGUCUAUGAAUGGACUUAUAUGACUAGUUGACUAAAAGCGUCUUUCAGUUUUUCUACAAACAAAAAAAGAAACACCUUCCGUGAUAUUCAACUUACAGUCUGUAUAAAUAUCAAGAUAAACAUUUUUUUGUAUAUGCUAGGUGCUAAAAAGUUGAAUAUUUGACGAGGUAGUUCAUUCAACUCAUAAGAAUGUGUGAUGGAAUAUAACUGCACUUAUAUAUUUGAAUUUUUUAAAAGUGAAUAUAUUAUAUAUUUUCGUAGUCAGAUAUUUUGUAUUAAUGACAGAUAAUCAAUUUUGACGCAGUGUUGCAUUAAAGAUGCUAGAUGGGAUUGAGUUUCAAAACUGUUUUUUGUUAAAGACAGUUUCAUUCAUUCUCGACUUGCAGUUUGUACACUUGAA